GCGUUAUCAUGGGCGGGGACGCGCCGCACGCCGCCGAUCAUAUGAGCUUGUUGUAGCAACACGAGUUUCCAAGGCAAGCAGAGCGGAGACAUGAUGACACUCAGUGAUGCACAGCUCAUAUGAUAUUUGACAGUGUUUGGGUCAGUUUGCAGCUCUGAUUCAGCCCAAUGGCCGGUGAUGCGCUGGAGAUUUGUGAUCUGACAGCUGAAGACUCUUCCCCGGUCAACGAGCUCUCCUUCCGCCUGCAGAACCUCCAGUGUCAGGACGGUCUGAGUCCAAAGCGCUCGACCCCCAGAAAGCUUGUUUUGACGCCUGAAUGCAUGAGUUCAUCACUCAACACCCUCUCCAGGGAGAAAGAGACGCCAACAGUGAGAAGACGACGAGCAAGCAGAAGCCUGUCUCCUGAAUCCACUUCAAACACGCCCAGGUGUCCGUUGAGGAACAAUCAGGACUUUCCUGCCAAUAAGGAGAAUGAGAGAGCCAUUAAGCGACUGCGCGUGCGCCUGUCCAGCAGAUUCUCCUCAUCUAAUGCAACAGAAACCGCGGGCAGAAACAGGAGACAAUACCGCAGUGAUCCAGAAGAGGACGCCACUCCCUCACGAGAAACAGAGGCGGUGGAUCCAAUGGCCGCUGUGAGAUUCCGUCAGCUGAUGUCACAGCUGCAAGCCCCGCCCACACCUGUCACUCAGGUUGCAGUUGCUGACCUCACGCUCAUAGGAGACUUCAGUAAGCAACACCUGCUUCCUGUUGAGAGCGCAGGCCAUCAGGAGCAUCACUGCAUCAGCGCACAAACUGUGGCGUCUCUGAUCAGAGGUCAGUUUGGUUCUGCAGUGGAGGAUUUUCUCAUUGUCGACUGUCGUUACCCGUAUGAGUACCAGGGAGGACACAUUAAGGGUGCAGUAAACCUGUACACCGAGCAUCAGGUCCAGCAGGUGCUCCAUCAGGCCUCAGCUCAGGUGUCCGUUUCCACCAGCCGGCUGUGUGGACGAUCUGCAUCUGAUUCACUUCCAGAGGACGAGGAGUCGCCGUCACGAAAACUGAUCAUAUUCCACUGCGAGUUCUCAUCAGAAAGAGGACCUCAUCUAUGUCAGUAUCUGAGGAGGCUGGACAGAUGUGUUAAUGUGUACCCGAGUCUGCAUUAUCCUGAGCUGUACCUGCUGCUGGGGGGUUACAAACACUUCCACGCCUCAUAUCCGGAUUUGUGUGAUCCGUGCGGUUAUGUGUCCAUGCGCCAGCGCGAAUACAGGGAACAACUGAACAGCUUCCUCAGGAGAAGACAAACACGACAGCGCAGACGACGGCCAAUCAGAAGACAUCACAGAACAAAACGAUAAACAUUCUGAUCAUACCCUGCCAAUCGGAAGAGGACAGGAACUGCAUCAUGUUUGUUCUGUGUAAAAAAAUUGCAUACCACUAUUUAUUUGAUGACCAAAACUGCAUAUGUUAAGGUGGACGUGAGUAGCUACAUACUUUUUGGUCGUGGUGAGUGAAUGAAUGUGAGUCUAAAAUUAUUUUAUUUAUAUUAGUCAAUGUUAAUAUAAUUAAUUACAUAAAUUUAUUUUAAAAAUCAUGAUUUAGUCAAUGAGUUAAGCAUGUGCAUUUGAUUAAUGUGUUCUUUUUAUAGUUAAAUUCUAUUAAAUAGCUUGCUGAAAUGAAGACAAUAUUAUUUAUUAGCCUUUUUAUUUAGAAUUUAAUAAUUAAUUACAUUUUUAUAAAGAUAUUAAAGGCAGAACCUCCACUGAGAAAUGUAGUAUCAGUGCCUUUCUGGGUGUUUUAAGGGACAUUAGUAAAAUCUUUGCUUUUAAUGAGCUCACAAGUUUAUUUAACAUCAGUUUAUGAGGAACUUGUUACAUUGGGAAGAGAAAAAACGGAAUAAAACGAAUUAAAACCUGAAUAAAAAUUGAAUAAACUAUUAAAACACUAA